AUGUCUUCCGGGCCCAGCGUGAACGCCUUGCAGUGCCCGGUGGAGCAGCUGAUGUUGGAGGCCGGUGUGGAGAGGAUCAAGGUUUCUCAGGCAGCUGCAGAGCUUCAACAGUACUGCAUGCAGAAGGCUUGCAAGGAUGCCCUGCUGGUUGGUGGUCCAGCUGGAAGCAGCCCCUUUUGGGAGCCCAGAUCCUGCGCUGUACUCUGA